GUGUGCCUGUGUCUCUGUAUUCAAGCAGUAAAAUGUCAGAAGCCAGAAUUUUUCAGGAUGAGUUCUCGUGUCCAGUGUGUCAGGAUCUCCUGAAGGAUCCAGUGACCAUUCCCUGUGGACACAGUUACUGUGAGAGCUGUAUUACAGGCUGCUGGGAUCAGGAGAAUCAGAUGAGAGUCUACAGCUGCCCUCAGUGCAGACAGACCUUCAGUCCAAGACCUGCUUUAGCUAGAAACACCACGCUGUCUGAAGUGGUGGAGAAACUGAAGAAGAGGAAGCGUCUUGCUGACUGUGAUGCAGAAGCUGGAGAUGUGGAGUGUGACGUCUGUACUGGAAGAAAAUACAAAGCGUUCAAGUCCUGUCUGAUGUGUCUGAACUCUUACUGUCAGCAUCACCUCGAGCAACAUGAGAGUUGGUUUAAAGGAAAGAGACACAGUUUGACUGAAGCCACUGGACGACUGCAGGAGAUGAUCUGCCAGAAACAUGAGAAGCUUCUUGAGGUUUUCUGUCGCACUGACCAGAAAUGUAUAUGUAUGCUGUGUACGAUAGAUGGACAUAAAAACCACGACACUGUAUCAGCUGCAGCACAGAGGACAGAGAAACAGAAGCAGCUGAAGGAGACACAGGAGACGUUCCAGCAGAGAAUCCAGCAGAGAGAGAAAGAUCUUCAGCAGCUGAGAGAGGCUCAUAAGCGCUCUGCACAGACAGCAGUGGAGGACAGUGAGAGGAUCUUAACUGAGCUCAUCCGCCCUAUUGAGAGAAGCCGCUCUGAUCUGAUACAGCUGAUCAGAGAUCAGGAAAAGACUGCAGUGAGUCGAGCUGAAGGACGACUGGAGCGACUGGAGCAGGAGAUCAAUGAUCUGAGGAGGAGAGACGCUGAGCUGGAGCAGCUUUCACACACACAGGAUCACAUCCAGUUCCUGCAGAGUUUCCAGUCUCUCUCAGCACCUCCUGAAUCUACAGACGUAAAUGAUGAUCCCUUCAUUUCUCUCUUAUCUUCUGAUGCUCUGAGAGAAUCUGUCCAUCAGCUGAGAGACAAACUGGAGGAUUUCUUCAAAGAGGAGCUCAAGAAGAUCUCAGACGGAGUCACAUUCACCAACAUUGUUCCCAGAACCAGGAACGACUUCCUACAAUAUUCCCAUCAGCUCACUCUGGAUCUGAACACAGCACAUAGAUACCUCCGUCUGUCUGAGAACAACAGAGUGAUUACUGUCGCUUCCACAGUCCAGUCGUAUCCUGAUCAUCCAGACAGAUUUGAUGUGUAUCAUCAGGUGUUGUGUAGAGAGAGUGUGUGUGGACGCCGUUACUGGGAGCUGGAGUGGAGUGGGAAUGAUGGUGUGCGUAUAUCAGUGUCAUAUAAGAGCAUCAGCAGGAAGGGACGGGGUGUUGAGUGUAGGUUUGGAUCUAAUGAUCAGUCCUGGAGUUUGAUCUGCUCUCCCUCCAGUUACUCAUUCAUACACAAUAAGAUAGUGACUGUUCUCCCUGUAGAGUCCAUCAGCAAUAAAAUAGGAGUGUUUGUGGAUCACAGUGCAGGAACUCUGUCCUUCUACAGCGUCUCUGACACAAUGAGCCUCAUCCACACAGUCCAGACCACAUUCACUCAGCCGCUCUAUUCUGGGUUUAAUGUUCAUAGAGGAUCAUCAGUGAAAUUGUUGAUGAAUCAGAAUUGACUGUAGAGAGUUUCUAACCAUAAUGCUUUAUGCUUAAUGCUAUAUGUUAAAUCAGUAACAUAUAGAUAUGUUAUAGAGUCUCUUCUUUUCUCUUCAUGACAUUAAUACUGCAGCUAAACUUCUGUCAGUGAAAUAACAUGUCAGAAUAAAUGUGUUUAAUAAAUCCUCAUAUAGACAGUAAGAUCAUUGUUUGUGUGAGUCCUGCGGAGUGGCCAUGU